CAUGUCUCUACGUAUAGCUCUAGUUCUUCCUUCCAGCCUUCUCAAACCCAAAUUGAAGUCCAGCAGUACCCCCUUUUCCGAUGAACAGCGCAGGAAGUAAGUUUCGCACCAGCCUGCUCCAAGCGGCGCAAAGCCGCAUCGUGAGCAGCCAGGGAAGUGCCGCCAACGGCAUCGACCGGAAUGUAAAUCUCGUAACCCAGAGCCAGAAGAUCCUCGGCAGGGAAAGCCAGACACGCUUCCGUCCACAAGGCGGUGAAGAUGAGCUUCUUGCGGCCCGUCGCGGUCACGGCGUUUUGGAACUCGACGUCCUCCCAGCUAUUGAUAGAUGUACGGUCAAUAGUGGGGAUACCCGCGAGCACGGUAGCGACUUGAGGAAUAGGGGGCUUGUUGAAUCCGGUUUUGACGUUCACUGUGGAAUGCACGAUGGGCAGCUUGUAGAGCAACGCCGCGCGUGAAACAGAAGCGAUGUUGUUGACCAACUCUUGGCGAUCCAUCGAAGCGAUUGAUUGGACUUGGACUGGCUGGUAGUCGAUGAUAACGAAGGCCGAGUUCUGUGGUGUGAGGAGCUUGUCCUUGGCUGGAUCACGGAUGGGGCUUUCGCUCGGCAUUUUGGUAAAGAAGUCAGGAUAAUAGAGAAGCGAGAUCGUUCCAAUGAUUCUGGAGUUCGAUAUUGGAUAAUAAGAUGUGAUAUUGGCAACAGAAACGGUUUCUAACGGCUG